GCAGGGGGCAUCCGCGCCCUUGCUCGCAGAGUACCUCUCGCUCCACACACACACACACACACACACACACCCUCCUGCCACACUCCCUGGCCAAGCAGCGUCGCCAUACGGAACAUCCUGCCAUCAACGGAGAGGGGGAGGAGAGAGAGAGAGAGAGAGAGAGAGAGAGAGAGAGAGUCUCCUGGUAGUAACUAUCAGGACUCGAGCUCCCAGGAACAGACACGGAAGAGGCCUCGCGGUGAUAUCGCCGCCUUACCGGUGACCGGGAGCAGCAGUAGCAGCGGGCGGAGCCUUGGAUUAAACAGCCCGACCACAGCAGACGGAUGGUGGCGCGGACGAGCGGCGCUCUCUGAAGUUGGACAGCGGCACCAGGAGCAGCCGGCGGCGGCAGCGGCAGCAGCUUUUGUUCACCCCCACCUCCCCGAACCCCGCGAAGGCAGCGGCGGCGGCACCGGGCGGCUGCUGUGCACGCGCACCCCGACCAUGAAGCUGCCUUGGCUGUUUGCGCUCACGGCGCUCCUCGCUCACACCGCCACGGGACAGACGUGGUCGCCAUCUAUCGAUGACGAAGGCUCGACGAGAGACGAGUUCUACGAUGACGAGGACCUCUACUCAGGCUCGGGCUCUGGCUUUCCUGAGAUCAGUGUGAGGCCGACGUCGGUGGGCGUGUCCUUCACUACAGAAGAGCCCCUCCUCCUCUCCACCACCCAGGCCACCAGUCCCGCCCCCUCCGCUUCGCCCGGGGCCGAGCCCAGCCCCAACCCCGAGGACACCACCGCCACCCCGCUGCCCACCGAGGCCGAAGGAGAGAGUGGUGCAUUUUGGGAGAGGGAGCUGGAGAAGGAGAAAGAGAGGGAGUUAGAGAGGCAGAAUGAACUGGAAAGGGAGAGAGAGAGGGAAAAACAGCUUGAGAGGGAGAGAGAGAGGGAACGAGAGAGGGAACGGGUCAGAGAGAUGGAGAGAGAGAGGGAGAAGGAGAGAGAGCGCGAGCGAGAGAGAGAACGUGAGAGGGAGCGAGAGAAAGAGAGGGAGAGGCAGAGGGAGCGUGAGCUUGAAAGAGAGAGAGAGCUGGAGAGAAUCCGUGCUGCCGCUCAGACCACCGCCGCCCCGAGGUCACCUGCAGCCGUCCCCGUCGGGACCACGAACCCUGCAACCAGCCCCGCGGAAAGUGCAGCGCCCUCGGCUGGUUCGGACGACCUGAGCACCACAGAAGAAGAAGAGGACGUCUACCUGUCACCUGAGCCCACCUCGUUUUUCCCAGGCUUCGACAUGGAAACCACCACAGAAGAAGACAUGCCCACCACAGCAGAGACCACACCCGAAGCCAAAACGGCUGCACCCACCACCACCACCACCGUCAGGACCAGGGUCCCCUUCAGGCCCAGGGUUCCCAUGACGACAGCCACUGCGGUGAUGCCCACAGACAGAACGACCCGUCAACAGCAGCCCACAACUACACAGGAGGUCAACAACGAGGUGGGUGCCACAGGACCAAGUGGAGACUUCGAGAUCCGCGAGGAUCGACGCAAUGAUCUCGGUCGAGGUGUAAUGCCGGUGGAUCCUGAUCUGGUCGGCAACACGUUGGACGGGGGAAGCUCUGCCGCCCAGCUGCCACAGAAGAACAUCUUGGAGAGAAAAGAGGUCUUGAUAGCGGUGAUAGUGGGAGGUGUGGUCGGCGCCUUGUUCGCUGCCUUCCUGGUGAUGCUGCUGGUGUACAGGAUGAAGAAGAAGGACGAGGGCAGCUACACGCUGGAGGAACCUAAACAGGCCACCGUCACCUACCAGAAACCAGACAAGCAGGAAGAGUUUUACGCAUAACACUUGUACACCAGAGAGACACUGCACACUGAGGGAGAGAGAAAGAUGGAGAGAGAAGAGAGAUACUACUCCAAGUCCCCAUCCUUCUCCUCCUUCUCUUCUUUGUUGCUCCCCCCCUCAUCUGUUUGGCUCUCCUCAUCCCUCUCUCCUCUCGUCUCCAAAACACUUAAGAGCGCCUUUCUCUCUGUGGACUUGGAACUUUCUUUUCAAUGAAAAUGAAAAAGAGGACAAAAAAAAAAUCGAAAUAUAUUCUGAAAACAACACAUACACACGAGAUGUUUUUAAAGUAAAUGUUGUUAUUAAUAUUCUACAGAUUCUCUUGUUCUGUAUGUAAUGAUAUGAUUAUUUUGUAAAAAAAACAAAACAAAGCAAAACACAAGCGCUUAACCUGUGUUUUCCGGCACAAAAAAAGUCACUCUUAUGUUUUUAUGGAGCUAAUGAAAAGGCUUAAACGAAAGAGGAGAGGAGAGGGGUGGAACGAGCUGAGGGAGACACAAAAGAAUAAAAAAAAGAGCGAUGUGCUCGAUUCUGCCCCUCACCCCCCAAGUAACACACCGAGCGUCUGGUUGGCCGCACAGAGCCCAGGGUCAAAGGUGAGAGGAAAGGUCUCUUUUGUGCUUUCCAUCCCUCUGGUCUGCUUACAGACACAAUAACGCACAUCCAUACAGCCACAUAAACACAUGCUUACACAAACACACAUGCACACACGCACACGCACACUUGAAUCUGCUCGAAGGUGGCCCUGACCUCUCUCUCUGUGCUCAGCCAACCAGAAAACGGCACUCAACCCUUGGCGUGUUCCACAGCGCAGAGGAGCCACUGUGGAAACACCGGCUGGUCGCAUCGAGGUGUGCUCUGCGGCCCGUCUGUUCCUCUAAGCUGUACAAAGAAUAGUUAUGGAUAGUAAUAAUAAUCAAUAAUAUAUCAAUGUUUUGGGCUGGAUGGUGAACAACAAUAAUACCAUAAUAAUAAUAAUAAUACAUCAAAAGGCGGAUGUGUAUUUAGCAGUUUAAAAAAAGUUUAUAUGUAAAUAUUGUAUCCUUUCUGGCAUCACUAACCAUCUGCAUGACCAUGAAGAGUUUAUAUUCAUCACAUUCGUCAUCACUUUGAUGAGCUGUGCUCUCGUCAACCACACACACACACAAACGCGCACACACACAGACACACACACAUGCAGAGAUAUACUUUCUGUGCAUGUAAACACACCACACACACUUUAAAUAUACUGUAGAUCAUAUCAUUCAAACACAUAUCAACCCCAUCAUUAUCAUCAUCAUCAUCGUCAUCGUGAUCAUCAUCACUUUUGAUACGAGCAAGAUUGGGUGGUUUCAAUAUGUUAUUGAUUAGUUGUCAAUCAGUUGCUGGUUGGUUUAGAGUUUGGUCUGUUUGGAAUAAAAGCACAACUAUGUGUUCAAUCAUCAUGUCGUCCGAUACCGCCACCACCACCCCCCCAUCACGUCAUGUGACCCCCCCAGCCACCCGAACCCUUUGCAUGCCUCACUUUGUUUUUCUUCCACCAUUGGCUCUCUGUUUGGGGAUGGGAGGGGCCACUGGGAAGCAUGAGUGGCUUCACUGAAAUCAGGAAGUGGGAAUCUGUGCAGAAAGUUGUUCCGACAUGCACUAAUUCAGUCAAAACCAUGACUUAAAUCCUAAUUAAAGGAUUGGUUAUGAAAGAAUUAGUGUUUCUGGUGUUAACUUUAACCUGCAGGACCACUUUGGGGACUGGGUAAUGGGUUUAGGAUUGAGUUUGGGAAGGGGAUCUUGAGGAGGGCUGUGCUUCUAUCUAAGAGAUUGUAACAGUAACCACACCAGUGCGACUGGGCUAGUAGCUUCUAUUAUACUCAGUACUGUAGAACAAAAAUGCAUGGGAGUCAAAUCUAUACUAGUCUGGGUGUGUGUGGAUGCCUCUGUGUGUGUUCUCGUCUGUGUGUGUGUGUGUGUGUGUGUUUGUUUGAGAGAAAAAGAGGGUCAAGUUAAAGAUGGAAUGUACUGUGGUCGAGAGUGUGUUUACCUACUCCAGCAGUUCUCACGCUCUUCCACAGACAGGUAACACACCUCUUCUACUCCUAAGUGUGUAUUUUGCCUGCCCCCUCACCAGUGUGAGAAUAUGGAAGUAUGUGUGUCUACACCUCAUCUAAACCCACCUCCUGUAUGUGUGUGUGAGCGUGUGCGUGAGUGCGUCCGAGUGUUUCACCUUGGUAUUUCACAGCAGACUCUUGUGUACACUGACUAGCCUGUCGACGUGUGUGUGUGUGUGUGUGUGUGUGUGUGUGUGUGUGUGUGUGUGUGUGUGUGUGUGUGUGUGUGUGUGUGUGUGUGUGUGUGUGUGUGUGUGUGUGUGUGUGUGUGUGUGUGUGUGUGUGUGUGUGUGUGUGUGUGUGUGUGUGUGUGUGUGUGUGUGCGCGUGCGUGCAGUCUGUUCACUGCUGAAUGUGGGGCAACUGGUCCCUCACAGUGGCUUUCACACACACUGACUGUGUCUUUUCACCGUCUGUCUGUCUGACUCUGCCUGCCUGUCUCUCUGCCACAGGACAGACAGACAGGCAACACGCCACUCUCUCACAGGCAGGAAUGAUCUCAACACGUACUGUCUUUUCUAAAGUUACUGUCAAAAUGUAUACGUGUGUUUGUACCCAUAUAAGCCUGCGUAGCCAAAUAAAAUGUGUGUUUGUGUGCGAGCGCCUUGUGAGUGUGUGUGUGUGUGUGUGUGUGUGUGUGUGUGUGUGUGAGUGUGUGUGUGUGUGUGUGUGUGUGUGUGUGUGUGUGUGUGUGUGUGUGUGUGUGUGUGUGUGUGUGUGUGUGUGUGUGUGUGUGUGUGUGUGUGUGUGUGUGUGUGUGUGUGUGUGUGUGUGUGUGUGUGUGUGUGUGUGUGUGUGUGUGUGUGUGAAGCCUAAUGCCGGCUACACUACUCUAUGUUUGCUGUUCCCAUUCCUGUUUUUAUACAUUUGCAUUUUUUUAAGGCUGAGUUUCUGUCAUUGGCUGAGUGAGCGAGAGGAGGCGGAUCCUCCACGCCACCGCCCUGUCACUAAUCUGCCACUCUGUUCCAAAUAAAAAACCUGAUUGGGUAAA